AUGACGACGUCCCUAUCGCCCGAUCGCAUACCUAGGCCUGUGAUGGUACGAGAAGAAAUCGUUCCUGCCAGAGGCGUCUGCUACGUCUAUGACGACGGCACAAGAAUACAAAAGCCCAGCAAUAUCGAGGCCGUCAACCCAAAAUGGGGCACAACUAAAGCGGGCAAACCAAGAAAACGCCUCGGGCAAGCCUGCAAUACCUGUCGCGAGAAGAAGAUCAAGUGUGAUCCCAGUACCCCCAAAUGCAUACAGUGCCAGAAAUUUAGCCGUGAAUGUAAAUUCGACACAGUACCCUCCGAUCAACCACCACCAAUGCCCACGGCCUCGCCGUCGAUGGCCAAUACCGCUAUCAAGAACGAGUCUUCCUCUCGUCGAGGUUCGACAGCUUCCGCAGACCCAUUACUGCAGGACCAUCCUUUCGGUCGAGCAGGACCGAGAUCCUCAAUUCAGAUCGAAAGCCUGCUGUCUCCGGCUUUGCGCGACGAUGAUGAUCGUGACGAAAGCCCAGACAACCGACCACCGACGAAGAAGCUUCGCGUGUCAUUGUCUCCUCACCCUGCGUCCGAUGGUUGGCCAGCAGAGAGUGUAGGGUCUGAGUCUUGGAGUGGCUCGCUCGAGUCGCCGUCGACCAUGACCAAGUUCAGUUGGGCAGCUGAUCCCACCGAAGUGGACCGCGAGAUGACUCUUUACUACGUGAACAAGUACUUUAAUCACGUCGACGGUGCGACAACGUGCAUCCUGCCACGGAAAGCGUUCUUGCGAUGGGUCAAGGAGUGCUCAAUGAAGUCAUCGGUCGAAAAGAUGCUGCUCUACGCUGUGCUGGCCAUGGGAACUGUCUUCUCACACCGUGCUGAAACCGCGCGUCACCAGGAUCUAUUCAUCGACAUUGUGAACAACGCCGUUCAGGAGACUGGAAACACCUUCACCCUGCAACUGGUGCAAACGAAGCUGAUAUUGGGUCUCUUUGCCUUCUCUCAAGGCCAGAAUAACCGUGCAAUGGACUUCUGCGGCUCGGCGCUGCGAAUCGCCUUGGGACUUCAAUAUCACACCGAGGAAGGCAUCGCUUCCCUCGAUGCCAAGAAUGGUUUUGACUUUGGUUUGAAUUAUGCCACGCUAGUGGAAUGUCGGCGUAGAGCAUUCUGGGCGGCAUACAUCAUGGACUGUUUCAACGCUUGCUGCUCGAUGCCUAUCACCUCGGUCGGUCGGGCGGAAUGCCAUCUACGCCUGCCAUGCUCACAACCAGCCUAUCAAGGGGGUGAGAUCCCAGUGACUCCUUUCAGUCUCUCUACCGACCUAGGAGACCAGUCGGCGACUCCCGACAACAUUGCCCACGUCGGGGUGCUUGGGUAUCUCGUAGAGAUCGCCACCAUCUUUAAAGAGGUGAUGCGUAGGAUCUCCAAGAGCAAACCACAAGCUUCCGAGGAGGAUCGGUUGUCCAUGGAGGCAUUUCAACAGGACGCACUGCGGCGGCUCGAUGUAUGGGAUCCCUUGAUGAGGAAGUACUUGUAUCAGGUCCGAGAUGGCAGGGAGCCCGUCAAUGGCCUACACAUCCUCUAUCACUACACGGCAAUGCUAUUGCACCGCCACAUGCGGUACUCGGAAGCCAGCAAAGUACAGAUUGUCGAGAACGUGCGGGGCGCGUUCAAGCAUGCUCGACUGAUGAUGGUAAUGGUGCAGGAACUGAGCAAUCACGAAGAGAAGGAGACUCCGUCGUUCCGAUUCGCAACGCUGAGUCCUUUCAGCGGCUACGCCAUCACGGCAGCCUUGGACGUCAUCACCGCGGCCGGCACCAUGGCGGACCUGAUGGAUCAGAAGAGCCGAAUCAUGUCCUUGCUAUCAAGUGGAAUCGAGGCACUGGAGGGCCUGGCGGACUUUUGGGAGAGCGCCCGUGGACAGCGCGACAUGAUCAAGAAGAGAUUCGGUGUUCUCUUGCUCGCCACGAAUAAAGCUUGCGACUUCAACGGGGCAUUUUACUUCGGUGAGUCGAUGCAGAGUCCUUUCGACUUGGACCAGGACAUCGUCUACGGGCUGCCACGCCCACAGUAUCUCGAGGCACUGGGAUGGGACGAUAGAAUUCAUCGCGAAGAGGACUUUCACCAGCUGGACAAGCCCGUGGAACUGUGA